AUGGACGCAGGGAAUUGUUCCUCCUUGACUGAAUUCAUUUUCUUGGGAAUUACGGAUAACACUGAGGACAAAGUGAUCCUAUUUACAAUGUUUCUCCUUGUUUAUCUCAUUACUCUUCUGGCAAAUCUCGGAAUGAUAACCCUGAUUCGGAUGGACCCCCAGCUGCACACACCCAUGAUGGAUCCCCAGCUUCACACACCCAUGUACUUUUUCCUCAGCCACCUCUCCUUCUGUGACCUCUGCUAUUCCACAGCUAUUGGUCCCAAGAUGCUGUUGGACCUUUUAGCCAACAAGAGAUCAAUCUCCUUCUAUGGUUGUGCUCUGCAAUUUUUGGUCUUCUCUAGCUUUAUAGAUUAUGUGGAAUGUCUUAUGUUGGCUGUCAUGGCUUAUGACCGUUAUGUAGCCAUUUGUAAUCCACUUCUUUAUACAGUUUCCAUGUCCAGAAAACUCUGUACCCAGCUAAUAUCUGUUGUCUAUGUGGAAGGUUUGGUAGAUUCAGCAAUCCACACCUGUUGUACAUUUCGAUUAUCAUUUUGCAGUUCUAAUGUCAUCAAUCACUUUUUCUGUGACUUCCCAGCCUUGCUAGCCCUCUCCUCGUCAGAUACAUCCAUCAAUGAGAUAAUGCUCUUCGUAUCCAGUAGCUGUGUUGUGGGGACCAGCAUUAUCACUGUCCUCCUCUCCUAUACCUACAUCAUAGCAACCAUCCUCAGGAUGAACUCAGCCGAGGGGCGACGCAAAGCUUUCUCUACCUGUGCCUCCCAUUUAACCGCUGUGGCUAUAUUUCACGGCACGCUCCUGUUCAUGUAUUUCAGACCCAGCUCGAGUUACUCCAUGGACACAGACAAAAUAGCCUCUGUCUUCUACACAGUCGUCAUCCACAUGCUAAACCCACUGAUUUACAGUUUAAGAAAUAAGGAUGUGAAAGUUGCCAUAGGAAAAGCAAUCAGUACUAAACUGCGUUCUGAGUGA